AUGCCCAACAGCGGUGAAAUACUCACCCACAUCUCUGCUCCCGGUUCUGCAAAGGACGACGCGAGAUACCGGGCUCACGCAGCUGCGUAUUUUGAAUUUGAGCCAGUGUCAAGGAUAAGGAUUUAUCCUGACCCUCCAAGCAGCGAAACUGGUACGGACGACGUUGCUGAAUCUCCACACCAUGUCCGCGAGACAUCGCCGCAGGGUGAAAGCCAUGAACCUCACAUCUCAGAGUUGGAUGAGCGAGGACAGAAAACAUUACAUGACAUCUCUACUGCCGUAUCUUCCGCGAAGAGUACUCCUGUGCCAUCGACAUGGGGCCCGAGUUUCGGGGAAACUACCUGUGGCCUGCUGGCCCUUUCGGAGGCCUCAAUACAAACGUCCCUCUCACAAAAUGAUGUAGGCGCUGGUGUUGAGAAUUCUUUCGUGACUACGAGUAAUUCUCCUCCUAGAGUUCCUGGAAUUGGCCCUCCAAACGUUCACGCAACCAUUCCAAGCUCUCAGGUUACCGAGACGCCCCCCAGCGAAAUUCCCGAAUCCCAGUCUUCUUUUCAAGCCAGUUGGAAUGUUGAAAAGGACAAUAGCCCGCCCAGGAAAUUGGAGAAAGUCAUUCAAAUAGGAAGAUCGUCAUUAGAUACCCAGAUCUCUCAAGCAAAACGCCGCCGACUCUCCUCUUCCCCAGCAUGCAUACCGUCUUCUAUUCCCACUACUACUACGCCCAAUUCGUCCAUAUCUAAGCCAUCAGCUCCUUCGCAUCUAUCUCCACAGCCGGAGCCCUUUCGGCCAUUGGAUAAGUCAACGGCAGCAUCAGCAGCCCCGGCCGUACCCUUAGAAUGGCUUUCGUCCUUGCCUCUUGAGAUCAACCCGCCGCGGCCCGUGCCUUCUUCCACAGCUCAAUUUACAACUCACAUCACGCCCACACUACAAAUGCUCGCUGACAGAGUCAAACUGUCCAGGGUGUUUAGCCCGCAACGACAAACUCGCCCCUUACGAACUUUGGAGCGUGGCUACUGGCUUCUAAACCUCACCAUCUCCGACGCCCCCACCAGCACCAGCACCAGCACCAGCACCAAAGACAAUCAUAAGAAUACUUCAAAUGUGACCCAGUCUCAGAGUCGUAAUCCUACACGAGCCAACAAAUCUUGGACCAGCAAACGCUUCUUCGACUUCUGGGGCUUCCUUACCAAAUUCAUCGCCGACGACGGCCGCGCCGGUUGGGGCGUGUGGUGCAUUUGCGAAUCCAACUCCCCAGCUCCCAGCUCGCAAUGUCUGUCCUCCCAUUCACACUCCAUAAUCGAUCUUACAUCCCAGACAAGCACCCAAAGUUCAGCAAAGACCCGGUCUUCUCAGCAGAAGGCGGAGCUCGAUGCCGCGCAACAUGUCACGAUCAAAAUAUAUAGUUGGGGCGAAAUCGCACCGCAUGUAUACUUGUUGAUGUACCUGGCCAGCGAUAGGAGCGUCCGGAAAAUAACCGGUGUUCAGUGGAGGGAUGGAGCGGACGAGCCAGUUAUUUUUAUGGAUUGA